AUGGCCGCCAAACCCGCCGAGCUGCUGGGGGUCUGCUCUAGCUACCAGGCGGUGAUGCCGCACUUCGUCUGCGUGGCCGAGGAGUUCCCGCCGCCCGCCCGGCCGGCCCGGCCCGCCCGCGGCAAGGCACGGCGGCCGCGGCAGUCGCGCUUCAAGACGCAGCCGGUGACUUUCGACGAGAUUCAGGAGGUGGAGGAGGAGGGGGUGUCCCCCAUGGAGGAGGAGAAGGCCAAGAAGUCCUUCCUGCAGUCGCUGGAGUGCCUGCGGCGCAGCACCCAGAACCUCAGCCUGCAGCGGGACCGCCUGGGCAGCUGCCGCCUGCGCAACAGCCUCGACUCCAGCGACUCGGACUCGGCCCUUUGAGGGGCGGCUCGGCUGGGCUCGGCUCGGCGGGACCCGGCCCGGCCCGCGGACUGCACCCGGCGGCGGCGGGGACCCGGCGGUGGGAGGUUCCGCUGCCUGCCGGGUCGCGGUGUUUUCUGAGAAAGCGCUUGUACCUUCGUUUCUAUUUGAUUGUAUGAAACUCUCCGUAAAAAAAAAAAAAAAAAAAAAGAAAAAAAAAAAUCUUUUCUAUCCGUUAGAAGAAAUGAGCUGUUUUAGAUGCAUUGAGCUGCCGGACUUUAUAUUUAUUUUUGCAUUUAGACUGUCGACUGCAUUAAUUUAAUAUGUUUCUACCUGAAUGUCUGUUAUUAUUUCCAUAAAAGAGUAAUAAAAUCCGAUAUAUUUGCACAGUA